AUGGCCCCGUCUUCUUCCUCGCGACUGCUGCGCCUGCUCGCCUACAGCCAAGUUGCACAUGUUUCACUAUCUUCGUACCGAGAGCUCAAGCUCAGAAUAACCGUCAUCAGCAUUCUCAACACAGACACGUCCUGGGACGGAGGGUCGUGGAAGCCAACCACCCGGAAGACUUCUUUGCCACCUACCCGCGUGCCAUCAGCCAUCUGGAAGUUGACGGAUGGUUGGUACCUGCAGCACUACGAAUAUCUUACCUUGGCCGCUUGUCCAGCAAAGAUGGCCCCUGAUCGGUAUUAUGCUGCGUCCGUUGAUGCUACGACCGUAGAGCCUGUCGUGAGCGACUCAAUCGCAACAUCUCGAAGCCAAGUUCGGCGAAGCCUCUCCAUCUUCAGUAGAAAGGGUGGCGAGACAACUGAGCCAAGUCUGCCCUUCAUUGCUCAAGAAGCCAUGAGACAGCCGAAGCCUAUGAAUGAAAGGCAGAAGGGUUGGGUGGGCAGGAGGAUGAGUGUUCGCAGCAUAAGUCCCAAGACACCAAAGUCGGCUGCUGCUCCCAGAACACCUAAAGGCACAAUCCUCAAUGCAGUACCUCGAGCAAAGACCAUCACGAUGACUCCUCUCGAGGAAGAAAUCGCAACGAGCCCGAACGACGAGAUACUGAGCGCCAUCAGCGAUCAUGCACCAACGCUGACUGCCUUGACUGCUUCUCAACCCAGCACUCCAAUCCAGAAAGACAUGAUCAAGAGCAAGAGCGCCACUGCACGGACACAUCGAUCGAGCUCACGAAAGAGACGGGAGUCUGCAUCUCGAAUUGGGGUUUGGGUCAAUGGCGUCGUGCACUGGGAUGAAGACGUUUUGGACGCUGAGCAGCAAGAGGAACAGAUCGAAGAGACUGGCUUCACAUGCGUACGACCAACAUCGGGUGCACCACCUUCCCACGUCCAUCGACUUGUUCGCAAGCCACAUCUCUCAGUGACGAUACCUCUGGACGAACCCUUGGUGAACGACCAGACAGUCUCCACGAUACUACAACCACAGCCUCGUCGCGUGAUAAAGUCGGUCGCCCCGGCAAGUAUUGUUUCGAAGUUCGCGCGGACGACCCCGGCAAUCGUGUUGAACGAAGCCGAGACGGUUUCACCAUUAGAAGCAGGGCGAACUCCGGAAAUGGUACCCCAAGCACGGCGGAACGUGCCAAUACCACCCCACCGCGGACACAUGCCCAGGCACUCGCGGUCAUCGACAUCGAGCAGUUGCGCCAAUACUGACGAUGCAUCUUACUACAGCCGUCGCAGCUCAGCAACGAGUGUGGAGGCAUUGGGAUUGUCCUGUACACCAGAGCAGCUUGAGAAGGAGCUGCCACCACUCCCACCACCAACGCCAGAACGAUCACUGACGCGACCUGCUGUCAAGAAGCACCGAGCCUCGAAAUCGCGAAGGCUGGACAUGGACACAGACCUGCUGCCGGCCAACCCAUCCAUUAAGCAUAGCCGGUCUAUGAGCGAGCUCGAUCGCUGUGAUCGGGACUUUAUGCAAACCGCGCCCGACGCUUGCAAUGGGAGUCUGUGUGCAGUCCAUCAUCGAGACAUGAACUCUGCAAGCCCAACACUCAGCCAGGCUGAGGAGGAGCUUCACGACGAACUCUCUCGGAGCACUCCAGAACGUGACGAACCUGCAGAAGUUGAGUCCAGAGUUGACUCUGCUAUGCAAUCUCAGACUGGCUCUCUUAAGCGCAUCAACAGUGUUCGUGAAGUCGUGCAGCCUCCAGUUCGUGCACCUACGAUUCCGAAGCGUUCACGGAAGAGGGACUGGAAAGGUCCGCGACAGGCAAGGAACAUCACAACCCUGCCUUCUCCGCAACUGCCAGUGCGUCGAAGGUCCGAGACGGAGGUCAAACUUCCCGAGCAGUCGUCUGCGACAACACCAACUUUGAGGAAGAGCGCAAGCAUCUCGCUCGCCGCUUUCAACAAGUCCGGAGAGUUUCGCAGCGCAUCGCUGGGUGUACCAACCACAGAGCAUCUACCUACUGAUGUAGUGCCAGCAUCCUCCGGCGAUCACUCUGAGAAUGAAGUGGUCGAGCACCAUGCCACUGAGCAGGACGUUACGGCUGACUCCGACACUGUACCCGGCCCCAUCAGCAGCGGAGUACUGUCCAAUUCGGCGGAGAAUGUGCUGUUAAACAUUCUGGCGUCGCUGAGGACGCUCGACGAUCUCUUCAACACGGCCAUCAUCAACAAGGGCAUGUACCGGGUCUACAAGGAGAAUGAGAUGGACCUGAUCCGCACCGUCGCUUUCAACGAAUCUGCAGCAGCCUCGGAAUUUCGAGAGUGGUGUCCACCCGAGCGCAAUAUCCACGGCACGGACUCCAGUAAAGCAUCAUCGCAACUCGAGCACUCACCUUUGACAUACAUGCGCUGCCACAGACGAGAUCUUGGCGUGAUCGAGAGCCUGAAGAGUCUGAUUCUGCAAAGAUGCCAGACCUUUAUCCGACGAGAGACGACCUUCGCUCUCUCCACACCUAGUCACCCUAAUGCUGGCCGCUUCAAUGAUGCUUUCUGGCGCAUCUGGACCUUCUGCCAGAUCUUCGGGUGCCAAAAAGGUCGCGAAGACGAUAUCACCGGACAGAUUGAUUGGCUCAAAGGAGGUCUGCUCGCCAACAACCAAGGCUGCGUAGCCACAGUCAACACCAAUCUAGACUUCGACAUGGGCAGCGUGCUCCUGAACGCCCCCGAUCACUUCGCGCAGGCCAAUGCAGGAGGACUUUACGCCACUCAGCUCUACGACAUGACCGAGAUCUGGACCUGCCUGAUGGUUCUGUUGCACGGUUACAGCGGUCGGAUCGAACAAGCACGCCUCUUCGGCGUCUUCGCGGACUGCGAUGUCGUCGAGGGAGAUGUCGAGAAGGAGAAUCUCGUCCUCGAAGAGUGGCUCGCAUACCUCAUGACACUAGGCCCCGCCGUCGUACUCGAAAUGGCAGAGUGGGCCGACCAACCUUAUCCAGCCGGCUUUGAGCUCGCCAAAGAGAACGGCUGGACCACUUGGACAGCACCAAUCUACACGGGCAGCCGAUCCAACUUCCUCAAGGAGCCUGUCGCCAAGACGUACGAGGAACAAAUCGCAUUUGCGAAACUACGAAUGCAGGACCCGGUCGAAAUGGAGAAGAAGGAACGAAGUCGUCAACGCGUGGCGUCCCUCGCAGCGGAGAUCCGCCUGAGACGCCAAAGCAGUGAGUACAAGCGUCUCCCGCUGAUCGACAUGAACUCCGAGCGGCCGAUGAGUAUGUACUCCCGCAAGAGUGGCGCAUUAUAUCACAGUCCAUCGCACUCAAGACGCUCCUCGGCUGCGACGUCGAAACAUCUUCCACCGAUUCCGCCGGCUCCUAUCUCACCAAAUGCUGCAUCGCUGUGGGCAUCACCACGACGGAUCAGCCCGAUCAUCGAAGAGCACGGUCUGGGUCUCCGUGGUCUGCGCGGGAUCGCGGAGAAUACGAGUGACACCGCUGUGGCUAGGAUCGUCGAGCUUGGGUUCACGGAAGGACAGGCAAAGAAUGCUCUUCGGAUGACAGACAUGGGGGAUGGCAUCAGACUGGAUCGUGCUGUGGAGUUGUUGAUCAGGAGGGCGACUUGA